CGCGUGUGGAUGACGCAAUCAUCCCGGGACCGUUAUAUUUCAAGAAACGCGACGACGGAACUCAAAGUAAGUGUAGCGUGCGGAGGGGCUUGUUUAUUUUCGGAGGACAAGAAGACGGUAAAACGUGUUAGACACAGUCUGAUGGUAUGGUGGGCGUUUGUGUCUGGCUGCUGCUCCUGUCUGUCUCUCUCAGGGUGACGUCAGUGCCCAUAGAGCGCAAUCCUCCGGCACCGGACGAGAAAGCGGAGGAAAACGUGGACACAGGGCUGUAUUAUGAUCGUUACCUGAGGGAGGUGAUCGAGGUUCUGGAGACGGAUCCUCACUUCAGAGAGAAACUGCAGAGCGCAAACACCGAGGAUAUUAAAAAUGGACGCCUCAGUAAGGAGCUGGAUCUGGUGGGUCACCAUGUCCGAACUCGUCUGGACGAGCUGAAGAGGCAGGAAGUGUCUCGCCUCAGGAUGCUGCUGAAGGCCAAACUGGACAGCACCAACAUGCAGAGUGUUCAGAUGGAUCACGUGUCCUUACUGAAGCAGUUCGAACAUCUGGACCCUCACAAUCAGAACACAUUCGAGGCCAAAGACCUGGAGCUGCUCAUCGCGACGGCCACUAAAGACCUGGAGAACUACGAUGCGGAGCGUCACGAGGAGUUCAAGCGUUACGAGAUGCUGAAGGAGCACGAGAGGAGGGAGUACCUGAAGAGUCUGGACCAGGAGAAGAGGGAGAGGGAGGAGAAGAGGAUGGAGGAGAUGAAGGAAAAACACCGCCAGCAUCCCAAAGUCAACGCCCCGGGGAGUGUGGACCAGCUGAGAGAGGUGUGGGAGGAGACGGACGGGCUGGACCCACAGGAGUUCAACCCCAAGACCUUCUUCAAACUCCACGACACUAAUGGAGACGGAGUGCUGGACGAACAGGAGCUGGAAGCGCUCUUCACAAAGGAGCUGGAGAAGGUGUACGACCCGAAGAACGAGGAGGACGACAUGAUGGAGAUGGAGGAGGAGAGACUGCGGAUGAGGGAACACGUCAUGCAAAACGUGGACCUGAAUCACGACCGGUUGGUCAGCCUGGACGAGUUCCUCAGAUCGACGGAGAAGAAAGAGUUCAGCAGCCCGAAGGAGUGGGAGACGCUGGAUGACAAUAAGCCGGUGUACACGGAGGAGGAGCUUCAGCGCUUUGAGGCGGAGCUUUGGGAUAAACAGGUGGAGCUCAGCAGGAGGGCGGAGACUCUGAGACAAGAACAGGAGCUUCUGAAGGAGAGAGGCAAAGCGCUGGAGGCCCAAAAGAAAGAGUACCAACAGGCGGUGAUGGAGAUGUCGCAGAGACAGAAAGCCCAGCAGGCGGCACGCCAGCCGCCUCCAUCAGGCCCGAACGGAGAACUGCGCUUUCAGCCGGACGCUCAGAACCUGGCUCAGGAACAUAAUCAAGUUGGAAAGGUGCCUAUCGAUCAGAACGGAGACGUCCAGAACGGCCCGCCUGCUGAGCCGCCACAGAACCUUCCUCAACACACACAGUAACAGCUCACCUCACGUAACACACACACACACACACACACACACACACACACACACACACCGGUCAGACUCCUCAUAUUCUUCUGAAUGGACUGCCUCAACACACACACACACACACACGGAUACAGUGAACAUAGAUAUUUGAGUGAAAGUGUUUCUUUGAGAGAACCACUAAAUAUAAGCAGGUGACAAAACUCUGAAAAACACACACACACACACACACACACACACAUAUGUAUACGCUGCUGCUAAACACUCCUCUUCGUAACCUUUAAUUACAGCCGACUUUUAUUGUAUGGUUUGGUUUUUGGUUUUUAAUCUCGCUUGAUCAAAGGAAAACUCUUCCUGAAUCAUUUGCAUAUUAAUCUGCGUAAUUAUCACGUGAUCUUUAACGACAUCCAAGAUUUAUUUUGUAAUGAAAUUCCUAACGGCUUCCUACAUUACCGACAAUACCGUCCGACUGCCUGCUGAUAGCGCUGCAGCGGGAUUUAACCCUUUCUUCAUGUUCUUUUCUACCGAAAUGCAGCGGCGCUUUAGUGCUCACACUCUCCUCAAACAGAUCAGCUUCCGAAAGUUCAACUUUCACGCUAACACUCAUCGUAUCGUAGAUCUCUAACUAGCCGAGCCGAGUCUCUCGCCGUCGUACUGCUGCAGUGUAUUCUGGGACACGUCUGAUGCCGGACGUGUUUUUGCGCCGACGUGUCUACGACAUCUACGCUAGAUUUCUCAUUAAUACGACCUUGAACGAUGCUGGAAAAUGAAAAGGGAGCGAGAAAAGAUUUUGUUUUUAGGCGCUAAGAGCAAAACCGGAUCGCUUUCAUCGUUGAUUACACUCCAGUGUAACUGCGAAAAUAAAAAUUAGCACAAGAAUCGCUAAACACGUCAAAAAUAUUUGAAUGUAAACAUAUUUAAUGUGUUUCAGGGUGAAGUUUAACUUGAAUAGUGUGUAAACUUUUAGAAAAUAUCUCAAGUUUUCCGCAGUCUCUUCUCACAGGGAUGAAAUUUGCUUUCCUUUUUUUUUUUUUAAGAAAUCGUGAAAAGUUUGGUGAAAAACUUUUACUUCAGAUGCAGUCGUUUGGCUGAAAUGUGUGUAUCGUGUUUCAUUUUGCACUGGAGCUACAAGACUAAUGUUGCUAACAAGCGAACAGGUUAAAAGAAGUCUUCACCCUGUUCUUUAGUGACGUCGCGCUGGAGCGUUAUUCAUAGCGGCGGCCAUCUUGGACAUUCAGAAUUACGUUAUGCUGUACUUGAUUUACCUCGGAAGUGGGAGUUAUGUCAUUUUUAAAAAAGAAACGGACAACAUCAUUGGAAUCAUCUUUUGUUUGCGUCAAGCGACUCAGCGACGUGUGAUAAGUGACGUAUAUUUAUCUUCUCAAAACAGCGAUCUGUAGAGUUCGCGUUAGAGAUUUAACAAGCUGUGAGCGGCCAUGUUGUUCUGACGUCACUCACUGUGGGGGCAGCGUUAUUCCUCAGUGCAAUUUGAAAUGACUCCGCCCCUAAAUCGCUAGGCCACACCUCCUAAAGGUGGAUUGUAUAAUACAGGUGGAAGUGGAUGAUGAUGAUCAAAAUUCCACUAUAAACACUAACACUGCUAUUUUACAAAGAAAUUAAAUGAAAUAAAGAGAUUAAGGAGCGUAACAGCGUUAUUUAGGUUUUUGUACGUUAUUUAUGGAUUUUGCGUGACUCAGACUUACGUUACUUUUUAGCUAGUUUCCACCUGUUGCACAUUUCGCUUUAAAAUGUUUCUGUACUGCUCAGUUAUUUGAUUCUUAAACACUCAUGCCAGCAUGCACAUACAUCACACACACACACACACACACACACACACACACACACACACACACACACACACACACACACACCUGUGAGCAGACAGAACAGGAUUUAUGUGGUUUCUGUUUAUUAUUUUAAUGGUAAUAAAGCUAUCAUCAGAUUCUACACUGAAA